AUGGUAACUCCAGAGAACUUCUGCGGGGAAGGUUCUGGGUAUAGGCAGUGGGGUAGGGUGGGAGGAAACAGAGGCGGUGGGGGCAGUGACCUGGGCUCUGCCUGCCCCCACCCCCUUCUGACGCCUUUGGUCGCUCCCACCAUCAUGGGCAGUGCUUACCACUGGGAGGCCCGGCGUAGGCAGAUGGCUUUGGACCGGAGGAGGUGGCUGAUGGUCAAGCACCAGCGGCAGCAGCAGGAACAGCAGGAACAGGAGGAACAACGGGAACAGCAGGAGCAACAGGAACUGAAGAAACUCCAAGAGGAGAAAGGCCAAUCUGAGAAAAAACCCCAGUCCCCUUGGGGGUCGCGAGAGGAGCAGCAGCCACCACCGCCACGGAGGCCACCAGGAGCGCAACCACAGCCGCAGGCGCCCCCUGCCCAACCGCAGCCUUGCCGACCGCAGGUCCCCGAGCAGACCAGACCCCCACGCGCCGGGCCGUCGCAGCCACCGCAGCCACCGCCGCAGCCAGGUUUCAGGAAGUCAUUCCAGUCAAAUCAGAUAAAUACACCGGGCACUCACGAUUCACGUCGACGAAUUACAUGCAGCAGUGGUGAUCCAGAGACAGACCCUCAACCCCACUGGCCAUCAGCAAAAAAACCCAGAUAACCGCUUUCUCACCCCCUCCCCACCCCCAGCAUCUCCACUCCAAAAGUCACCCCCUCCUGAUUCACUCUAGAAGAGGAGGCUAGC